AUGGCCUCGUUCCCGGCGGAUGACCUCCAAGGGAACAAGACAAGAGCUGGGAGCGGGGGAGGGGAGGGGCCGGUGAGGCCACCGGAGCAGGGACUGAAGUGCCCUCGGUGCGAUUCUCCCAACACCAAGUUCUGCUAUUACAACAACUAUAGCCUAGCACAGCCCCGCUACUUCUGCAAGACCUGCCGUCGCUACUGGACCAAGGGCGGCGCCCUCCGCAACGUCCCUGUAGGUGGUGGAUGCCGGAAGACAAAGAAGUCCAAGUCGUCCUCAAUACCUGCCACCUCCUCCUCCGGCGCAGCUCGGGAGCACAGGUUCCUCCAGGGGCUCUCCUCCGUCAUGGAUUUCCAUCUGCCCAGCGGGCUGAACCACACCCCUUCUGGCCCGGGGAUAUUCAACAUGAUCGCAGCCGACGGUGGCGCCGGCAAUCAUCUCAUCUCCUAUGGGGACCUCUCAUGCUCCAACGCCGCCGCCCUCCCAUCGGAAGCCGCAGGUGCAAUUGCUUCUCCUCUAAUCGGUUUCAAGUACCCGAUCCAGUUGGCGGCACCGCAUUUUACAGGCAUGGAUCUAGUACUAGGGAAUGGUGGGGAGGCCACCACGACGCCGAUUAAGGGCGGCGACCUGGCAGCCUCCAUCGAGUCGCUGAGCUCCAUCAACCAGGGCUUGCACUGGAAGCUGCAGCAGCAGAGGCUGGCCUCGUUCUUCGGAGGGGAGGAUCUCCACCACCACCCCUACCAAGGCAAGGGGAUCACCGACAAUACCCAUGCUCUUCUCGAAGUCCCCAAUCGACCGAUCACGUCCUGUCCGAUGACCACAGUGAGUUCGAGAGAAAAGGAUUCCACGAUAGGUAGUACCACGGGAUGGUUCCUGGAGAACUCGGGUGGCUACACAGCCUCCACCGCAGCCGACCACCGAGGCAACGUCAACAACGUCGGCGUCAGCGCCGGCAACAACGCCGCCGGCAACAGCUGGAAUGGUAUUCAGACUUGGAGCGGCAUGCAUCAUCUUCCGUUCAGCGCCCUGCCAUGA